UCCACACCCGAUCCAAUGAGCUUAAGUCUUAAGAAACUUCAGUGCAUACUUAACAUGGAGCAGCCCAUGGACAAUGAUUGCUUCAACACCGCCGUGCUUAUGCUGGCAUGUGACGAGGGAGUAUUGUUCACAGACCCUCCUAUACACUACAUGGAUCUACGAUUUUGUUCCAUGCUGCUAGAGUCAACACGAGGUCAGAAGUUUUGUGAGAAGGAAACUAUCCAGACGUUGGCAACAUUAUUUGAUAGCUGGCCUGGGAUGGAGACCGACAUCUCAUCUUGCAAUAAGAUUUAUCUUCCCUAUGCAUCCAUCGGCCGAUACAUCCUGUACAUCAUCGACAAAGAGGCACGUCGUCUACAUAUUAUGGAUCCUAUUCAAUCAUCACAAUUGUCAGAGGAUAAAAACUUGAGGCAUUCACUGAAAUUAAAAAGUUUUUCAAGGGAUUUCAAAGAAGCACUCGAAAUAAAGCUGCCUGGGUGGAAUUCUGAUAUAUCUAAAUGGCAUCGUUUAUUUCCGGCCGGUGUUCCAACGAGUAUAGACGGGUAAUGAAUUCAUAAUAAGAAUAUUUACUUUUCGUAUCAUUAUAUUAUUUAUAAUAUUAAUUGAAAGUUUUCCAGGAAUGUGUCUGGCUAUUUUAUUUUUCAUUUUAUGCUCUGGUGGAACGGUAAAGAAUUGGUCAAGCCGGUUUGCGCGGUGAGUAUUGUGGGUUACAUGUUUUAAGACCUUCUCCGUGAAUUUUUCAUACUAACUACAUUUAUUUUUUUCUGUAGGAUGGGUAUGAAUUGAGGCAACAAUUUUUAUUAUA